AUGAGCGCUCUGUUGUUGAAGACAGCCACAACGAAGUUGCUAUCCCUGGGUAAUUCGCUACUUCUGGCGCAUCUGGUGGCCUGUGUGCGCGAAGUAGGUAGCGAUCUUCUACAUGUUCGGCGCAGACAUGUUCCUUGUCUCAAGUUAGGCUCUCACACGGCACGCAAAGCAAGACAGGGAAGCUUGGAAUUGGACGACGGGCUGGCUUUGUUUUCUUCUGUUUCCCUCCUUGUUUUCUUCAACAUUUUGGCUCCCGAGCCCGCCGCCUGUGCUCUCCCUGCGCUGGCGUUCCCUUCCCGUAACCUUCUGUUCCUCUUGCCACGGCCCCCCACCGCUGCCGCCUUCUACCGGCUCGACCGUGCCCUCUUCCUCUUCUUGGCUGGCGGGUCAUGA